UUAUUAUUUAUUAUGAAUAAAUGUUAUGUAUGUAAUAAGGAAUCCAAAUAUAAAUGCCCAAAUUGUUUAAUUAAGUUAUGUUCAUUGAGUUGUACUCAAAUACAUAAUAAAACUAGCCAAAAUGGUUGCAAAAACUCCAGUUCUGUUUCAGAUGGGAUCAAGAACAAAUAUAAUAUAAAACAUGUUGGAAAAGAUGAUAUAAAUAAUGAAAUACUACUGAGUGAUUGUAAUUUUCUAGAUUCGGUUUCUAAGAAACUAGAAUCUACCACACGUUUCUACGUUAACCCAUAUAUACUGAAUAAUUCAAGUAGUAGAAGGUUCAUAAGGAAGCACUGUAGCCAAAAGGGGAUAAAUCUAAUAUCUUCACCCUUAAUAAUGAAAAGAACCAAGAUAAACAAAACUAAAAUUAAAAAAAACGUUAUAUUUUGGACAAUUGAAUUUAUAUACUUGAAUAAUUCAGCAUUUUUUCUGCACAAUGUAGAUGAGAAUACAAGGUUAAAUGAAUUGUAUAACGAUUUGAAGAAGAAAAACAAAUUUUCAUCCAUUGAUAACAUAGAGAUUCUAGUGAAAAUGAAUCCUAAGGAAGGAAAUAAACUAGAAUACACUAAAUGUAACGUUAACGAGACCAUUUUAAAUAAUUUAAUUAAUCGCACUAUACUUGAUUUUCCAACAUUUUAUGUAAUUUUAAAGGAUCAAUUAGAGUCAUAUAAAAUUGUGGAAUCCACUCCUGAACAUACUGAUAAAACUGGCCAUGUUGAACCAGUGGUUACCGAGUCCACUCAACCGUGAAAUUUCAGCCCAUGAAAUCAUUUUAAUAUGAUUAAAAUAAUUUAUUGUAACAUAAAUAAA